UUGCGCUCUCUCGAGAGAAAAAUCACCUACCAUUCCCUUUUCCAUCCUCUCCAUGGCGGGUACGGAUCUGGAUUCGCUGACUUAGCCACAGCAAGUCUCCGCUGACUUUGCCACAGGAUCAAGAAGCGAAGGCUGAGAUUUGCCAAAUCACUGUCCGCAAACACUGUUCACGUAAACCACUGUUCAUGCAAAUCACUAUUGACCAUACUGUAGCAUCCGAUUUUUCAAUCCGACGGACGAGACUGGGCAAAGGUAGUGGUACUGUAGCUUCGCUACCUUUGCCACGGCAAGUCAGCGAAUCUGAAUCGGGCGGGUACAGCUACAUGCGUUCUUGUCCAUUGCUAGCAAAAUAAAAGCCGAAGUUCCCCAAGGCUAUAUACUGUGAUUCCUGUGGCUCACAGAAGCAAUGGCGCCAUGCGAUGCAGCUGUCCGGCGCCGCGUGGUCCUUUUCCCGCUGCCCUACCUUGGCCACAUGAUCCCCAUGCUCCGGCUUGCCGCGGCGCUGCACGCCGGCGGCCACGCCAUCACCGUGCUCCACACGGAACUCCACGCGCCGGACCCGGCGUGCUACCCUGCGGACUACCGCUUCGUGGCCGUGGCCGCCCCCGACCUCCCCGCCGCGUCAGAGGACAUCGCGGCGUUCCUGGCGGCGCUCAAUGCCUCCUGCGGGGCCGCCUUCAAGGACCGGCUGGCCGCGCUCCUCGCCGAGGGGGGCGUCCGCUGCGUGGUCACCGACGUGGUGUGGUUCUCGGCGCAGGCGGCAGCGAGGGACCUCGGCGUGCCGGCGCUGGCGCUCAUGACGAGCAGCGCGGCCAGCUUCCGGACCUUCAUGGCCUACCCGGCGCUGCUCGCCAAAGGCCACCUGCCAUACGACGAGUCGCGGGCGGACGCUCCCGUGGAGGAGCUGCCACCGUUCCGGGUGAGAGACCUGCAGCGGAUCGACGCGAGCAGCCUCGAUACCUUCGCCGGCCUGCUCGAGCGGUUCGUCGACGCGGCGAGGCGAUCGUCGGGCCUCAUCGUCAACACCUUCGACGCGAUCGAGGGGCCCGAGGUCGGCGACAUCCGCGACGGCCUUUCCCUGCCGGUGUUCCCCGUCGGCCCCCUCAACAGAUUCUCGCCGCCGCCGCCCCAAGAAGGCUCCUCCAGCUGCCUGGACUGGCUGGACAACCAGUCGCCGGGAUCCGUCCUGUUCGUGAGCCUCGGGACCGUCGCCAGCGUCGACGCCCACGAGCUAGCGGAGCUGGCCUGGGCUUUAGCCGAGGCCGGCCGUCCGUUCGUGUGGGUGGUCCGGCCAGGCAUGGUCCGCGGGCGUCCAUCGUGCCCGCUCGAGCUGCCCGGCGACCUGGCGGAGCAGAUAGGCGACCGAGGGAUGGUCGUCCCUUGGGCCCCUCAGGAGAAGGUGCUCGGCCACGCCGCCGUGGGCGCCUUCCUGACGCACAGCGGGUGGAACUCGACGGUGGAGGCGCUGUCGGAGGGCGUGCCGAUGGCCUGCCUGCCGUGCUUCGGCGACCAGUUCGGGACGGCGAGGUACGCGUGCGCCGUGUGGAAGGUGGGGGUGGAGGUGGGGAGGCUCGAGCGGGGGGGCGUCCGGGCCGCCAUUGACAGGUUAAUGGGCCCUGGCAUUGAAGGGGAGGAGAUCAGAGAGAGGGCCCGAGAUCUCAAGGGCAAGGUGGGACGGUGCGUUGGAGAAGGGGGCUCCUCGCACAUGGCGUUGCUCGGCUUGCUGGAACGAAUCGCUUCAUUCUGAUGAAAGUUGUGGUCGCAGCUGCAAUCCUGCCCAUCCGUGAUGCAUAGGAUUUGUGUCCAGCAGUGUUAUGCAAUGUAUCUAUCUAUACUACUUAUAAAAGAGCAAACAUUAUCUUUUCUAAA